AAUGAGCAAUUGUAUAAUAAAGGAGGAGGAGGUAAAUGUCCAUACUCCUGUGAGUAUCUCUAAAACAACGCUUUAUAAACUAAAUAAAAAAAAGGAUCUGGAAGAAAAUCUACCCUUUUAAAUAGCUUAUUCAAAAGCUGUAAGUAAAUUCUUGUAAGCCUUGCAUAUCCUAUAAUUGGCUCAAAAUCACUCUCAGAAUAUUAGUGUUCCAUCAUAUCCAUUUGUACUUUAGUAUUCAUACAAUGAAUUUUUAGUAUUAUCUCUAUUAAAUAAGUAGGUACAUUUGGGUGGACAUAAAAUAAAUGUUUAAAAUACUCCUAUUUUGAAUGAUUUCUAACAAUAAUUACAUAUAUAAUAGUGUGUGCCAAGAUUGAUUUCUUAAUAAAGUCCAUCCAUUAAACUAACUAUUCAAAAACGAAAAGGAAUUUCAAAUCAAGAAUAGAAAGACACCAAAAACAUUCCCAAAAACUAUUGUAAGGCCAUAAUCACUUUUGCUUCAAAGCAUCAAACUCUUUGUCAUUAAAUAUUGGGAGACUAGCUUAAGGUAGUCAAGUUUUUAGACAGAAUCACAGUCUACAAGAAGAAGUUGAUGAAUAUUCGCACUUUUAGUGGACUACUAUCUUAAUCAGAGGACCCUAUAGAGGAAGAAUUCAAUAAAACUUUUAGAAUUUUAAGGUAAACAGAAUUCUAUUAAUUUAUAGUCGUAUAUUCAUUAAGAAGUACGCAAUUAAUUAUAUAUUUAAUUAAAAGAUAGUUUAACAUAAUUGGCAUCUCCGAUAUCGUUAGUAGAUAUAUAAAGGUAUCAAAAAUCCUAAGAACUUCUCCCAUAUCAAGAAACUAUGA